AGUCUAGGAAAUAAAUACAAGGGUGACGACGGAACUUUUGUGUCAUCUAGGAAUAAAGUUUGGAAAUUCCCACAAAUUCUCACGGUGAAAAAAUAAACAUGCGUAAAAGCCGUAGAAAUGGUAGAUCAUAGUUAGAUGAAACAGUAACAGUGCAAGAAGACGUCGUACAGCCAGCAGAGCCAAUUUAGGCCUAGAUAAUAACAAUAGUGUCAAUACGUACCGGCAGCGGAAUGGAGCAAUGGCCGCCGUACAGCGUGCACCAGGACGUGAUGACCCAACGCCCCGGUGACCACCAGUGGCGCCCUCCGCUGGAUGACAAUGCAAACUCGAAUUCGCCCGGCGAGAGCCAAGAGCCCGUGGUAAUAAUUACGGAGCAUCCAGCAAGCAAGUUGCGCUUCAGGUACGAGUGUGAAGGAAGAGCAGCCGGCAGCAUACCCGGAGAGCACUCGAUUCCCGAAAAGAAAACUUUCCCUGCCAUCCAGGUUCGCAACGUCUCGCGGCCGUUCAAGGUCAUCGUGUCGUGCGUCUCGCACGAGAAGCCGCCGGCGAAGCCACGCUCGCACCCGCACAGCCUCGUCGGCAAGAACUGCCAGGACGGCGUCUGCGUGGUGAGCGUCACCAACCCACGAGACGGCAGGAUCGAGUUCCCCGGUGUUGGAAUCCAGUGUGCCAAGAUCAAGGACAGAAAGGAUCAGUUGGCCAAGCGGCAGAAGAUGAAGAUUGACCCCUACAAAGUUGGCUUCACACACAGUGAUCAGAGCCUCGACGUUAGCGUCGUGCGGCUCUGCUUCCAGCUGUUCAUCCCGACCGUCAUGGACCCGGAGACGAACCAGUGGAGCUACGCGCAGGAGACGUGGAAGGCCAUACGGCCCGUGUGCUCGCAGCCCAUCUACGACAAACGUGCCGUGGCUCAGCUAAACAUCAGCAGGAUCGAUCGCAUCUCGGGGCCGGCAUGCGGAGGGCAGGAGGUGUGGCUGCUGUGUGACAAGGUGACCAGAGAUGGAAUUGAAGUGAGGUUUUUUGAAGAGAAAAACGGUCAAACCGUAUGGCAGGAGAAAGCUCAAAUUGUGCUGGUUCAUAAACAGGUUGCCAUCGUUGUGAAGACGCCGCCGUAUCGCGACCCAGACAUCACGAGCAUCACCAUGGUAAAGGUGGCGCUGCACCGGCCCACCGACAUGGAGAUCAGCCCCGCGAUCGGCUACAAGUACUACCCGUCGAACAAUGGCGAGGAUCGCGAACUAGCAGGCCAGUUCCCCGCCAUGGCGCCUCCUGUCAUGAUGUUGGAUCACUUACUUCUCAAGCAAGACAAGCAGCACUCUCAAGUGCAUGAACCAUUCCGAUCCGCAAUGAUCAAGCAGGAAAUUGUUAAGCCAGUGACGAACUGCCCGGCGACUCUCCCCGGAAGCGCCAUGGCGAUUUCGGCGGCGACCGCCGCGAUGCCGCCGCCGCUGCACCCGUUUGCGGUGUCGUAUGCCAUCGAGCACCCGCUCGUCUUCAUGCAGGACAUGCAUCCGGCGGCGGCGGCGGCGGCGGCGGCGGCGUGUGACGACAGCAACGCCGACACCCACAUGACUAGUCUCGCGAGUCAGUUCAACAGCAGCCUCAGCUUCAGCUCGCUGUCCAGUCUGUCCGAGCUGAUCUGCACUGGCGACAUCACCAUGGCGCCCCCUAUAAGCAAUAGCAGCGAGGUCGAGUGGCUGCUCAAGAACAUCACCGACAUGCAGCAGUAGCGCCACCUAGUGCCGCGCCGUCAACAGCACGACGUGCGUACGCCAUGAAUCGUUCGUGUGUCUCUGGGCGUUUGCUUGGCUCGUGUGUGCUGGGCGGCGGGCGGGGAAUCAAAUGAUCUGGAUCACAUAUUUGUCACAUUCCAGACUAUUGUUUAUCUUUAAGCUCUGUGGAGUGAUAUUCUCAAAAAAGUUCUACUGUCAAAAACCAGAAUGUGAUAAUAGAGUUAUAGUUUGAUGUUGGCAAUGCGGUAAAUUUUCAGCGGACCGUGAAAUGUAGGGCGUAGACGUAUAUAAACCUAAGUGAUACAGUCGAUAGGAGUGGAAGGGUAUUGGCAAAUUUGUCGCAAGGGAUUGCGAAUUCUGUUUCUCUUUUAGCCACUGCAAAGAGGUGGUCAGUUGCCAUUGCAUGGUUUAUCGUAGCUCCAGUCGUAGAGUCCUUCACUCCCUUCUACCCAUGUAGAUUCACUCUAACCGUGUAGCACUUUGCUCUAGGACUAAUUCACUCCCUGUAGUGGGAAGAAAAGACUACACGGGUAGAGUACGAUAUCAGUGUGACGUUUCGAUUAUUGUUUUCGAAUGUGUAAAUGAAGACAUUGUAAAAGUGUAUUGUGUAUGUCAUCGUGUAUUCUUCUAUCUAUUGUUAUGUGUUAAUAGUGCUAUAGUUCUAUUUUUAAGAUUGUUAGGGUUUUACAUAAUUUGUAAACGAAAGAAACCUUAAACAGAAGUAUACAGCAGUGUGUACUAUAUUUUUGCAUCCAUAGAUAAGGGAGAAAUAGAGUGAAAGUUAAUUUUAUAUGUUGAGUUAUAUAUAAAAUCUAUGAUAUAAUAGUUAUAUUUGAUAGAGGUUAUUCCAGAGUGAGGUAACAUGGCUUCCUUCCCAUCCUCCAAAAAAGAUGCGUAAAGGAGGUGAAGAAGAAACACGAACUCUAUAAGAAAUGAAAGAUUAUAUAUUUAUAUAUAAUACGUAUAUGUAUAUGUGUUUGUGUGUGUGCGUGCGUGCGUGAAUGCAUGCGUGCGUGCGUACGGGCGUGCGUGUGUAGAGAGAGAAAGAGAGAGAGUGGAGGCGGGAACAUUCCCCAGUGAUGUAGUGUUUACAUCGUGGUGAAAAGGCUGAAAUGACAUGGGCAGACUAUUGGGCUAGGUCUGAAAUGGCCCAUUACCCUUAACAUAAUGUGUUAUAAGAUCAGAUAAGAUAAGAUAAGUUGACGUAAAUUUGUUCAUGGGCAAUGUAUUUUAUAUUUCUUCUAUUAAUCGUGCUUCAAUAUGACGCAUAUGUAUAAUUUUUUACAUGUCUAACAUGUGCAUUGAUUACCUGCUCAUGCUAAACUUUAGUAAAGGCAUGACACGUCUGGCCUCGUCUGGCGUGGAGUGAUGGGUGGGAUCUAGUAUAGUGUAGUAUAGUGGAUGGUAGUAGGAACAUAAGUGCUUUGCUGAGACCUGAUCUAGGGCUGUGUUUGAUGUCAGUGCAAUUGAAAUCGUUUUGCAAUUCUAGAAAUGUUACGAAUUUUGGAGAUUUUGGACUAUACAUGCGCAUCGGCCUAGAGCGUUGAUUUUUGUCGAUUAAUCUAUGAGAGCCUUAAACGUGGCCGUAUUACGUUACAUAUAUAAUUAUUAUAUAUUACGUUAUAAUAUUAUAUGUUAUUUAGUAUACUCCAUCUUGGAGGAGGAGCUGUUAUUUCCAGAACACGAAAUUUGGCCAACCGGGAAGUACUGAAUAAUGUUUUUAGUGAUUUGGGGAAUAGAAGUCAAUCGGGACGCGGGGAGAAGCUUAACUUAGAUUUUAUUUAAACCGAUUAUUAGAUUUUAUUUAGAUUAGAUUUUAACCGGGAACUGGAAAGUUGCAAAUUUUUACCUGGGAAUCUGGAAAAUGAACACGCCCCGGUUUCCCCUGUAGCUUUUGCUGCAAUGGCGCGACGCUGCAGGGAUACAUAAUCAAUAUUGUGUUACGAUUUUAGAGUGCGUUUUGAAUAUAUAUAUGUGACAUGUUCUUUGGAAAUGUGCGUGUCAUAUUUUCUUAAUCGGAAAAUGUAUACUAUUCUUUAUUAGGAUUAUUUGGUUUUAGAACCAACAGUCGUAUAGCCAGCCUGGAGAGGUUCUUGUGCUUGGCUGGUCAGUGUUGAUAAUUACAGAACACGCUUCCGCAUACUUACUGUCUUUCAUACAGUAAAAAUGUAAACUAACCGUUUACGUGCGGUUAAUUGACAUUUUUCUUGCUGUUGUUAUUGUUGUUAUUAUUAUGAUGAUGAUGAUGUUAA